AUGGAUCUUUUAUCCUCUGAGCUCUCACGCCUGAGCGUACGCGCCGUGGAUAUGAGUAACGACAUACUUGAUGUACUGGAUAAAUUGAAUGUGGAACUACUCAAACUCUCAGGUGGUCCCGGCAUUAAAGUCAAGGCUCUCAAGGAUUGCAGCGCAACCUUUGUCACUGUACGAACUUUGAUUGCUCAAGAGCUCGACUACUCAUACAGUGGAGAUGCGCAGCAAUUGAUGGCCUGCAUCGAGAUAAAAUUUCCCCGUUUGAAAACUCUUGUCUGGGAUUGGAGCAUCGUAGAUCCUGCCCUUACCAUUGAUGGCGACUCGAAGAGUGCCAUUGCAGGACUUGUGCAGUUGUUCAAGAGAAUGGAGCUGAACUGCUUGGCAAUAAUAGCAUACACACCAUGCAAUGACACGAAGUAUGCUUCAGGAGAGCUAGCGCGCUCCCUUGUCGAAGCCCAGUUGCCAUCUGUUCAACUGUUCCGAUUCGCUUCGAAAGGACUAUCUCAGGGCCAGGACAAUUUCACAGUAAUAACAGCUGGUAACGACUAUCAGACAAUGAGUAAAAUUCAUUCCAUCUACGUCGAAGGCCGAACUUCUGCUCCUGAUCUUCGGUUCCUAAUGCAACUGUUGGAUGACGUCACGCCUCCUUUCUCUUCUGCAACGGUAGUGGAAUUCGGAGGAUUUGACGAAGACAACAUUCGGAGGGCGUACCAAGCGCGACAAUCGCACUGA